AAAUGGAGCGGACAAGGAGGGGGGCCCAUUUAGUGGGCUAAAAUCAGUCACACCUUGACUUUCUUCUAAAUAACGCACAUUUCAUUCAUAAUUUUAAAGCACAGGCCUAUUUUUCCACGUUUUUUUCUGCAUUGUGUGUGAAAUGGCUAAUAAAAAAAGUUAAUCCAAAACGAUUAUGUGGAGGUGAAGUGGUUUAGUCUUGAUUGUCGAGUGCCAGAUAAACAUGAAAGCGAUGGAGAGAAAAAGGUUUAAGCCGUCAGGUGCCCAAUAUAAGAAAAAAAUCAAAGUAGAAGCGGAGAAAGGAGCAAAAGAUAAAGGUAUGUAACUACGUUCUCUCUGUAUGAUUACGGUGACGUUAUCCAUCAUCAAUGAAGGGCUAAUGUUAAUGGGUGGUAACGUUAACUCUUAUGUUUGUUAGCCUUCUUGCUAUGAUGCUUAUACAACAAUAAUUCGGUUUUAACUCAACAAACACGAGAUCUAAUUUCACCAUAAGAUUGUGCUUUGCAACAAAACUGUUACAAGUAAAGUUAUUAUUUAUUUCCAUCAUUGGGGUUAAUGUUGGGCCCUGUAAUUAGCCAACGAAAUUAACAUAUGUCUGGAUGUGUUCAAAGGCAAACAUUUGCUAUAACUCUGUUGCGUGACAAAGAAUAUAAUUCGAGGCAGUAACCAAGGAGCUAAUUGUUCCUCCCUUAGAUUAGAUUAAUAAAGCGUCUAAUGAGUCAUGACAGACAUUUGGCAUGUAAGGGCAUGUUUAUUUAAAUUUGCAAUUCAUAAGAGUUAUACUGUAGCCUACUGUCUUUUGAUGUCAAUUUCAAUUGCAAAUUCAUGGGCACUUCUAAAGUAUUUUGGAGAAUCCUCUGUCACUGGUCAGCCAUCAAAAACCAUCAGCCUCCUUGAAUUUUAUCACUUUUAUGCAUGAUAAGGAUCUAUCAGAGAUCUACCCCAACUUUUGGACUGCUCUCAGGAUUACAAUUACUCUGCCAGUCACUGUGGCUCAAGCAGAGAGGAGCUUUUCAAAAGUUGAUCAAGUCAUACCUGAGGUCAACCAUGUCUCAAGAACAGCUCACUGGCCUUCCUAUCAUCAGUAUCAAUAACUCAAUAGGGGGCAGAUUUCGUAUGAUGACAUUAUUGAUGAUUUUGCAUUAAGGAAGGCCAGAAAGGUCAGGUUUUAGUUUGUGUUUUCUGUUCUUAGUGCAAUAGUGUAAUAAUUAGAUUUGCUUUUGUGUGAUGAAGGAUUUGUGCUAUUUAGAAUAUUUUUUCUAUAUUUUAUUUGUAUAUUAUUCUUAAUAUUUUAAUGUUGUUGUUCUCUGGUCGUGUUACAUCAUGAUACAUAUGUACAUCAUGUACAUAUGUUGCAACAUUUAUGUACAUAGAGUAUAUUUAAGUUCUGAUAACUUAUACUGAUUUGUGCAGAAUUGUGUUUUUAAAAUGUUCUGUUGAAGGAUUUGUGCAAUUGAGAAAUAUAAGGUUCGUCUUACACUUAUAUAGUUAUGGUAAAACAUGGCUUUUUUUCUCUCGGAUGGGUGGGAGUAGAUGGGGGGGCACCCAGAGCGGAUCUCGCCCGGGGAGUGAUUCAAUGUAGAACCGCCACUGGAUGUUGCGAAGUUAACACGUGAAGCCCGUAUCGAGCAAUCAUAUAUGAAACUAAGUCUUCAAGUGCAUUCUAUAAAAAACUGGUCCAGCAGCGCCACAGCGACAAAACAGCGGCGCUACAGGUGGGAGGAGCUACGUCACAUCAUUUACACAGUCUCCGUCUGAAUAUUAGACUGUUGUUUCUACUGUACUCGAGCAACAUGAGCGGAAGAGUCGGAGAUUUGAGUGUGAAGCAGGCAGAUAUUUUGGCACAGUUUCGGGAGAAGGUUCAGGACAUUCUGCCUAAGUGCCCGUCUCAGACUGACCACUUUCUGCUCCGAUGGCUCCGAGCCAGGAAUUUUCAUCUACAGAAAGCCGAGGCUAUGCUGCGCAAGCAUUUGGAGUUUCGGAAACAUACGAAGGUCGACACCAUCACUACAGAGUGGCAAGUGCCAGAGGUAAUAGAGAAGUAUCUCUCAGGGGGCAUGUGCGGCCACGAUCGUGAUGGGAACCCGGUAUGGUAUGAUAUCAUCGGCCCUAUGGACCCUAAAGGUCUGAUGCAUUCGGCAACCAAACAGGACUUCAUCAAGUCUAAAAUCAGAGACUGCGAGAUGCUGCAGAAGGAGUGCGACUUACAGAGCGAGCGGUUGGGCAGGCAUGUUGAGUCUAUAACUAUGGUCUAUGACCUUGAAGGUUUGGGAAUGAGGCACUUAUAUAAACCUGCUAUAGAGACUUAUGGAGAGAUUCUCACUAUGUUUGAGGAUAACUAUCCAGAGGGACUCAAGAGGUUAUUUGUUAUUAAAGCACCCAAGCUGUUUCCUGUGGCUUAUAAUCUGGUGAAGCAUUUUUUGAGUGAGGACACUCGUCGUAAAGUCAUCGUCCUGGGAUCAAACUGGCAGGAGGUGCUGCAGAAGUACAUCGCCCCUGAGGAGCUUCCAGCAUACUAUGGAGGCAAACUGACCGACCCUGAUGGUGACCCCAGAUGUCAAACCAUGAUUACAUUUGCCGCUGAAAUACCGAGGUCUUACUAUGUUCGAGAUGCCAUUAAAACAGACUACGAUCACAGUGUGACGAUCGGCCGUGGCUCGUCUCACCAAACGGAAUAUGAGAUACUUGCGCCAAACUGUGCGCUGAGGUGGCAGUUUGCCUGUGAUGGUGCUGAUAUAGGUUUUGGUGUCUAUUUGAAGAAGAAAAUAGGAGAGUGGGUGAAGGCUGGACAGAUGAAGGAGAUUGUGCCAAGUCAGCGCUACAAUGCACAUCUGGUACCCGAGGAUGGAUCACUCACCUGUCCAGAACCAGGAGUGUAUGUUCUGCGGUUUGACAACACUUACAGUAUUUUCCAGUCCAAAACGGUCAGCUUCUCAGUGGAGGUCCUCUUACCUACUAAUGUCAACCAACCAGAGUCUUAGAAAUGCAAUGAAAACAUCAACAAGCAGCAGUAGAUAACUGAGAUUGUCAAACUACAUGAUUGUUACUCUGUUGAGUAACAAGCUAUUAAACGCUUUUACAGUAUAUACUGCAUACUCCACCAUAUACUUCACUGAUUAUCGUGUAAUGAUAGGCUGUAUUUUCCAACUAAAUACCUGUGUGAUUUUUAUACCUUACAUUUUAAUUUCUACUUCCCCUCUUACAUUAAUGAAGUGUUUAUUGUUUAACUCCGCUAACUGGAGCGACUGUAUUAAGACUCUAUCAUUACAAUCAAAUAUUUUAGUGUAUACAGUAUUAUUCAAGCUUGCUUGUCACAAAUACUUUUUGAUUGCUUAAACUAAAGUUUUAGUUUCAUUUCAAAAACUAAUUCCUUAAAUGAGACACUCCAAUAAGCCUACACCCCUCUCAAACCUUGGUCUGAGAUUACAUUUUUAUUAACUUUAGUUUGUUAUGUUGACAAAAUACUUUACAAAAGAAUACUUGGAUGAUUUUUUUAAUCUCUAUGUUUUUGAAAGCUCAGUAUUGCUUUCCACAAUUGUAAAUAAUUUUGUAAUAUGUUGUGUAUUCAAGUCUUUUACCUCAGGUACUAUGUCUAUGUGGCCCGAUUUUGAUUUCACCAAUGCGAUCUGUUUUGUCAGCGUGAAUGUGUGUUUUUCUAUCUUUGAUUUUGUAACAUUAAUGUAAUUUAUGAGUAAUAUUGUAUUAGUUUUUAUUAAUUUACUAUUAGAAUAUGUAUUAAAGUGGCUGAAGCAUGAUCAGA